ACAUGUUCCCACACAGGGCCCUUCCUCGCAUGUCUCCAAACCAGCCUGUCAAAUCACGGCAGCAUGUGAAACCCCCUGCAAAACCUUUUCUCUGGAUACUUCAAUCACCGGCUUUUAAAUGUGCAUCUCUUCUGGAUAAUAUUUUGUACUUGUCUUUGAUUGUUUUUCUCUUUCCAGUACAUUGGCUCACAGGGCUUUAUUUGGACUGAAAUGGUGCAAUGCUCCCUAGGACAGUGCCGCGUUUAUUUUGGAUGUGUUGGAUACUGCUUUUCUGUCCGUUAAUAUGGGGCGUUGAGUGUGCCAGUGCACAAAGUUGUCAUGAAGUUAAAACUGCUUUCCAACUGCGCCAAGUCGGUCCAUUAAAAUGGGUUCCAGAGACAGCAGCAACAGAUGCAGAUCUUUUUAUCUGCAAGCACCAGGGUCCCACCUGCUGCACCCGGAAGAUGGAAGCGAGCUACUAUGCAGCCGCCCAGAGAGACACACUCCAAAACAUUCUCUCCUAUAGCUUCGAACUCAAAUUUCUCAUCCUAGGCCAUGUCUCUUCCUUCCAGGAUUCCUUCCAUUCCCUACUCUCCUUUACAUUAAAUCACACCUACUCCCUAUUCGACAGUGCCUACAAGCCAAUCUCUCAAGACGCAAGACCAAUAGUGUCUACCCUCUUCUUUGAGCUUGGUGCCUACCUCCGUGGCAACGCCAACAUCUCCGUGGAACGCUCUGUUAAUAGUUUCUUUGACAAACUUUUCCCGUUGGUCUAUCAACACCUGGUCAAUCCUGGCCUGGGUUCCCCCGUAUCUAUCUGGUCUUUCGAUGGAAGUGAGUGCUUGCGUGCUACGCGGCACGAUGUCAACCCCUUCGGUUCUCAUCCACAAGACCUUUUCCAGGAGCUGUCUAGGGCACUAGCUGCUGGACGUGCCCUAAGUCGGGCUCUGGCGGUGGGUGGCGAGUUGCUGAAUGCCACAGAGUUGGUAGGGUUGGCGCGCCAAUGUGGACACGCACUGGUGCGGAUGCAGUUUUGCCCACAUUGCCGUGGGUUGACGCUGAUCCGACCAUGUAGAGGACUGUGUCUCAAUGUGAUGCGGGGCUGUCUGGCGGAUCUUGCAGAGUUGGAUGGACCUUGGCGACGCUAUGUAGCAUUGCUAGAGGGGCUGAGUGGGGCACUGGCAGGAGGUUACGAGUUGGAGCUGGCCCUUCUACGCAUCCGGGAGAGGAUCAAUGAUGCCAUCCUUACAGCACAACUGCACGGACCACAUCUCAGUGCUGUGGUUGGUAAAGUUUGUGGAUCCUUGACUGAGCCAGUUUCCUCCACUCCAGUCAUUUCCACCUCGAGGAGUCCGGCUCAUUCAGUGAACUCCACCAUUGAACUCCAAACCUCUGUCUCAUCCUCAAGUCCUACAACACUACCUAAUACAGGCAACCAACACAAGCUCAUUACACUCAAAAGAAGGUCUCUGCCUCUAAAGCCAUCCAAACAUGACAAACCCAGAAACCUGAAAAAGAUUUCAAAGGAGUUUACGGGUUACAUCCAGCGGUACAAAUCGUUCUUCUCCACCCUGCCGGAGAUGCUGUGCGAGGGGGAAGUGGUGAUGGAUGAACACACUUGCUGGAGUGGAGAGGAUGUGGUGGAGAGUUAUACAGGUCACGUGGUGGGAAACGGACUGCAAGCCCAGAGACAUAACCCAGAGAUAAAAAUCAAAAGUCCUGAUCCAGUCCUGGUCACUGUGAAGGAAAGAUUAGAGCACUUUAACCAGGAGCUGUGGGGUGAGGCGGGUUUGGCAACAGAUGGCCACGAAGAAGCUGAGACGGGCAGCGGUGAUGCAGCAGAAGGCAGUGGCGAGUGUGACGAUGAAGACGGCUGUCAAGGAUCGGGACACAGCAAAGGUGAGACAGUGAACCUUCAGAAGAAAAUCAGAAUACAAAUUCCACCAUGGGGAACCAAUACCCCAAUCAAACCCAGACCCAAACCAGGGGUGAACGUCAAAGGAGCCGCCCACACCCCGACCAUCUCACCCAUCCUAGUUCUUCUUCUCUUAACCUUGAUACUCCUCCUCCUGUUGUCCGACACUAUCUGAAGCUCACAGUCCAGUGCAAAGAUCAGAACAAACAGGAAAAGAAAAGACUCAAGAUUCAAGCAUGCAUUUGCACUAGUUCCAUUAGAAGCCUGCACACUUGUCUCAUGUUGUGCAUCGCACACAGCUGAUCUCCUCAAAUGCUCAGUAUGUUCUUAAGUCGGCCCCAAAGGAUGUGACCAUUCACGUUGCCUGUUCAAAAAUCACUGGUUAUUCACACUGGCUUGUUUGCUCAGUUAAAGGGUUUUAUGUAGAUUCUAAAGGCCUUGCACACCAAAGGCGACGCAAAUACGAGAGGCGAAUCGCCGACAAAUGGCCCUUGCGCGUAGAAGCAACGCGAAUGACCGCUGUUAUCACAUUCACCCCUUUACAAAAGGUGGCGCUAAUCGACAAGCAAUUUUACCCUGGUAUGGUAGGUGGCUCAGCACAACUUUGAGGUAGUCUGCCUUCCACAUAUGAUGGAUGAGAAGUACUUGACAAGUAGAUAGAAAACAGAAAACACAUUUCUCUACAUGCUGUAGCAGUGAUGAAGAGUUUGUUCUGGAUUUGCUCAACGAAAAAGAAAACAUUCUAGACACUUCACAAACUAUUUCAGUUCACCUGCUGGUCCAGUUGACUUCACAAGUAUUAUCAUGUGUGCACAGUCUGAGGGGUGAUCAGAAAGAAUUGAGAGGGGUAAAAAAAUAAUGGUUUAAACAUGUUAUCAUUUGGAACAAUGCUGAUUACGUGCCAAUGCCAGGCAUUCUCUAUAUAUUGUGUUAAGUAUGUUUCUUUAAAAUCACAGCGUAAUGCACACACAUAAAAUGACUGUUGUAACAGAUGUUGUCGAUUGGAACAAUGCUGAUUGUAUCUUAUUGCAUGUGGUACAUUUGCUCAUAACAUGUUACUAAUUAAACGUGAAAGCAUUUAAACGCUCAGAGUCUAUAUGAUGCAAGAAAUACAACACAGAUCUCACCCAACAAAACCAUCUUCAGUCUGACCCAUUAUUAGAUACUAAAACUUGCCAACGACAGCCGUUAAGGACUAUUAACAAUUGCACAGAAAUAAGGAUUUUGUCGAGACACCACCAUGUUUUUGGUAUACAAAGGCAUUUUGAUACAAAGACAUACAGUGCACUGCAAGUCACAGCAUUAAUGUAAUUAAUAUUUGGCAAAGAAAAAAAUAUGAUCUGUAAAGAUGUUCAUUAAAAAAAGUGAUACAAUGAAACUAUGCCACGAUAAAUGUUAUAGUAAAGAAAAAAGAGAACUCAAGUAAUAUUAAAUGCAAAGGCAAAAAAUUCAGCUAUAUGGAAUAAAUUAUGAAGACAAUCCACAUAAGAUCAGAGAGGUUUUUUAAGGGGCUGCAAGGCAGUGAUACAGCAAUAUAAUUUACAUGUUAAGAGAACCCAUAUGAUAUUUUCUUUUUUUUUUUUUUUCAGUUUUUAAGGCAUUUUAUGCAAAUGAACUACACGUCCUCAGCCCAUUGUACAAAGGUGCCUCUGUCUGUUCCUGGCAGGCAGCAGAUACCCUAAUCCCGGCCCCAUCCUAAUCCUAACCAUAUGGAGGCUGUAAGUCUGAGUUCCUGCCAGGGACAACCUGAGGCACCUUUCUCCCAUGGCGCACAUCCUCACUGCUGGUUCAGGAUUUCAUCCUCAAGUUCCUUCAGCGUUUAAUUUUGGUGGUCAAAACAGUUUUCUGUACUUUAGCGCUACCUGUUUCGCUGGUUUUGGUAACUGCAGCAGCUCCAGACACUUGAUCUAAAGCUAAUAUUUUAUUGGUCGGGGCAUUUUAUUGCCUGGCGAAGAAAAAAAAUGAUCACACUCACAGUAAAAAAAGCUUCGGUUUGUCGAUGCGUGAUUUGGCGCGAUUGUUUGCUCCAGGUGAGAAUGGCUCAUUAGGAAUGCAUUGUUUCGAUUCAAAAUGUUAAUCGGGCCAAGAAAUCACGACAAAGAUUCGCUUUUGGUGUGCAAAGGCCUUUAAUUACAAACAUGUAAUUCACAAUGAUUUAUUGGAGUGGGCGGACACUGUUGAGGUUUUUGCUGCUAUCUUUUUCCAUGGUAACAGUGACUUCUCUGAUUGGUGGAUUUCUCUUCAGGAUUAUGGGUAGUGUAGUAUUUCACAGAGGAUUCAUUAAAAAGGAAAUCUCACUGAGAAGUCACACUGACUUAUGGUUUUUACAAUGGCUCACAGCUUAUGGUAGCUCUGUCUUUAUAUUAGGGAUGUGCACGGAUAGUCGACAUUCGGUUAACGUUUGACACGCCACCAUUCAAAUACCAAAAUCACUAUUUGGUUAUUCUACACGUGAAUAACCAGAUGUCUUCAACCGGACAUGAACUCGAAGUCUUCCAACAAACUACAGGGUUUUCCAUCCCGGUUUGGGUCCGUUUUUCCAGUAUAGGGUGAGUUAGGAGCUGUUCAAACAUGCUUUUGUCUGUGUCUGCACUGUUUUUCUAUAUACUGUUAACAUGCGCUGGACGGACCUCUUUGACUGUUGUGUUGAAUCAAAGUAAAAAAUCCAAGGCUUAGACACCAAGUAAAGUUAAAAAGAACUUUAUUUUUUAUAAAUGCAUCUCGAAACACCUGCGUUGUGUUUCAUUCAUUGUGCUACAUUCUGAAGAAGUUCAGGUUGCAAAAAGGGACUUUGUGUGACUGUUACGCCUCAAAGGAAAUGUGAACCUGCGUGUGUUUGAUUAUUUUUGUUUGACUUCAAUAUGAGAUUUCAUAAUUUGAAAAUAUAUCUAUUUUAGGCUCAUAGCUCACUGUGCUCUUUAUUUGCUGCUAUUUUGAGUAGUGUUCAUGAAAUUCUAUUGCAAUAAAGACUCUUUAUUCUUACAUCCUGAUGAAAAAACAAUUAACUGUUCAUGAAACCUCACGGUUAACCGAAUGUUAAAGACGCCGAAUGUGCACAUGCCUAGUUAAUUACAUUAUUGCAAAAAAAAAAUUAUCUAUGGAGAAAAUUAAUCAAUUUUUUACUUUCAAAACCCUACUUUAGUGCUCUAUUAAGCUUGUCUGGUUCAGUACGUUUUGCAAUAACAUGUUACAUCCUGAAAGAAUUGACACUGCCCUUUAAAGGUAUUGGGAAGUCUGCCCAUGUUUUUUGAUUUGUGUACUAUUGUGUGUGUGAAUUAUAUUCAAGAAAGAGCGAGAAGAAAAUGUAGUCUUUCUUUUAUCAAUCUACCUGUUUGUGCAAUUCUAGGACUUUUUUUAAAGUCAAAUUGUACAUUAACAUACAGUAUUUAUACUGAAAUGUAUGUAUACAAAGUGUGUAUAUGGGAUAGUGGGGUUGUGCAUAUAACCAUUUAAAAGUAUGCAAAUAGCUUUUUAUUAACUCAAAGUAUAUUCAAACUUUAUUUUUUAGCUAUAUGUACAGUACAAAGUUUCAAAACCACUGGCUUCUAACACUUCUCCAAGAUGUUACGACUGUUUGCCAUAACAUCACAGUCUUAAGAUUUGGCUUUUCCAUGUAGCUCUGACAGUACCAUAUGUCAUUUGUUAAUGUAAGUGCUCGCACACAAAUCGAUCAAUAAAAUGAUAUCAGAUUUU